GGCAGUCGAAAUCGUCCAGGGAAUCGAGGAAUGGAUUGGAUGAAAUAUGAGAGUCCAACCUUUGCAAGCAUUUCACUUGACAUUUCAAGUUAUUUUCUGGGUUUUAAAACUGACGCAGAAAGCAUUGUCAAUAAAUGCAUAAGUACGCGAAUUCAGAGAAAUUAUAACAAACAUAAUCUGUAUGGAUACUGUAAAAUGGAACGACUGGACAGUACAUAAAUGAGCGUAGGUAAUUGGCUUGAUCAGUGUGGAAAGGAAAAAAAGAUUUCGCCAUCCAUUCGUGGUUGAGUUCAAAGAAACGCACCCUCUCUUCUGUUCUAUUAGUAAACAAACAAGAUGGCUUCGUCCGAAGGAGGGAAUUUUCAACACGAAGAUAAGGAUUCAUCCCAGAUGAGCCAAGAGAAAAGUGCCUGUUCUAGUCCAGACAUGUGGGCAGAACCAAAUAUGGAACCCUCCCUCCUAAGUCUUGAGAAAUUAGACCGAUCCAGUCCAGAUUUGUGGCCUGAGCAAAUUCCAGGAGUUUACGACUUUGCUGCUUUGGUUUCACCACAACUAAGUCCUACUUCACAUUGCUUGGAUCUAGAGGAACAGGACUACAGUUUACUCUACCAGUUCAGGCUACUAACUGCUCUAGAAAUAAUUGAUGAAGUGAAGAAGCUACAAAAUGUUGCGUAUCAGUUAGGUUUAGAAGAAGCAAAGGAAAUGACUCGUGGCAAGUACCUUCAUAUUUUAAAUAAGAAAAGUAAGUGACUUGGUAAUAGGGAAAAGUUAUCUACUAAGAUUUGAAGUUGAUAACUUGGUGUAAUUUAUUUAUAGUUUCAGCCUGGUAAAUUAUUUUAGUCUUUUUGUAUAUAUGAAAUUUUAAAUACAAAGACCAAGUCUUUAACUGGACUAAUGUAAAGAGGCCCAUUACUAUAAUUAGGUAAAUCUGGUAUAGAGCUUUCUAGAGAGUACAAAAAAUAAAUGUUUAGGUUUAAAAAUGCACGAGUUACAGUAGUACAGUAUAAUCAAUAUAAUGAUUGAAUGCAGAUCUAUUAACAAUUUUCCGUCUAUAAUGCAUUGAGAUUCGAUAUUGAAGUGGAAGAAAUUUUAGCUGUUCUUUAUCUUCAAAUUGAAUUAUCACUUUCUACUUGAAAUUAAAAGGAUAAGUUCAUCAGAUUUAUAUUUACUAGAAAAGUUAUCCUUGAAAUUUAUUGUUUGUUGAAUUGAAAUCUGAUAGAUUCUGUGUAGGAAAGCAAAAUUUAUUUGCCCUUUUAGAAGUUAUUUUACUUGGAGUAGUAUAUUAAAUUCCAUCUCAAGGAUUGUAUACAAGUUGAGUACUUUUUUCUUGUAAGCUAAUGUAAAGAUUUGUUGUAAGUGCUUGUAAUCAAAAGUAGCUAAUGGUAUAUAUUUUUUUAUUGAUGCUUUGAAUAUUUGGCAACUUUCAAUAACAUUGAAAAAUGACUGGUUAUGGGCACUAAAUCUUUAAAAUAACUGUUGUAAUAUUGCUUCCUUGGAUGUACAUAAGAAAUUAAAUGUUACGCCUGUACAUAUUAUGCAGCUCCUAUGAACUUCUGCUAUGAUGCAUGUAUAUUUCAUGAAUUUAUAUAUAAGGUAUUGUUUAGACAAACAGCUUUAAGAAAAUUUAUUAGAAAUUGUAUUUCUGGUCAUACCAUAGUUACUCAUUUGAGAGGCAUAAUCAGAGGCAUAAUUUACUUACCUUUAACAACUAGUACAAAUCAGAUUACUAUAUUGAAAGAAAGGAAAGUUCAAGGUGCUUAUUAGACACAUGUAACUUCAAACAUAGACUGCUUCUUAGAUCAGUACUGUGGAACAUAUGUACUUUGGGCAGAGCAGGCAAUGUUUCUUUGUAUAGUGACUCUUUUUUAAUGGAUGUUUAUUCUGUUUUUUUCACAAUCUUAGCAACCUUUCUUAUGGUAAAAUAAUUUGCCUGAAAGUAUCAAAGGUAAUAGGUCCUCUUAGGACCAUGACACCUGUCUUCAGACUGUUUAACCCAAUGUUUACUUUGAAGUUUUGUUCAGUAUGUGUUGUGAUUUCUUGGUGCACCCAUUUGUCAAGAAGCUCAUAAGUCAGACUUUUUCAGACUGCACUGCUGGGAAUUGAAUUGAUGACCUAUUCGAUGUGUGUUUGAUCCUUUGAUAAUUUUUUCUGCAUCUUAUCCUGAUUGUCAUUUAUGUAUUAUACACAACAGUCAAUGCAGGUCUCCUUGCAACAUUUGUCCUCUUGAUCCUAGCCCAUGUAGAAAUAAAAUGAAGGUGCUGAUAUAACAGCUCAAGAUAGGUACACUAGACUUAACAUUUUGAAUAAAUGACAUCAUUAUUGAAGUAUUGAACCUGAUAACCAGACAUUGAAGCAGUUUAAACCAAACUGAUGUUUGUGAUAUUCUUAUCAAAAAGAAUGUCAUUCCACAGUAAUUCCAGAUUAUCCUCAAGCAUGUCAUACUCAUUUGACCCAUGAAUGUUCAUUGAACUAAAGACCCUAACCUUGAAUGUAGAAAAUACAAUUAUAAUCCUUACAGUAUUUUAAAUGUCAACUGUUCUCAGAGCUUGGACACUAAUAUUUCAGAGAAAUAUUGUUAGAAUCUUCAAAAUUUUCAACUUAACCAGUAAUUAAAUUUAAUUAAAAACUUAUUAUUUGCUAAAUGUGAUAUACUUCAGUAUAUUUAUGUAUCUACAUUAGAUAUUUAUUAAUUUAAAAACAUGUAUAUGCUUAGGCAAAAUAAAAUCUUGGUAAACACCACAGGUUAAUAAUGUUAAUGAAGUGGUCUGGAUAACUAUUUUACUGUAGUAAUAAUAAUAAUAGUAAUGAUAAUGAUAAUAUAAUAAUAUCCAGCUCUUGAGCCCUGUUCAGUCCUACCCAGAUUUUUCCAGGAUCAUUAAGUUCUUAUCCCUCAUCCAUGGAAAGAGACAUCAUCUCAUAUCUCAGUGAUCAAAGGAGAAAGGACUCCAGUACUAGUGAGGUUUCUUUAGGCAUCCUCAGGGAGGAAUAAUUUCACCUGUAAACUUGUCUCUGUAGAGUAAGAGAAAUUUUGUACCCCAGUUCAGGAGUCUGUGUCAUAUUGGACGUCUGUGGUAAUUUAAUCUUGAGAAUUUGAAACAAUUUAUAGACUUGAGCUCAGUCAAUCAUUAUAUCUCAAAAUGGAAAAAGUUAGUUCAGUCUUUCAGAAAGGGCUGCAAGCACGACUGAUGCACAAGCAUUGUAAGUGUUGAUAGCCAUAUUGUUGUUAGCAUUCUUUUGAACCAAAUUUUGUGAAAUCACAAAACCUUUUGCUUGCUAUCUGCAAGAUUACCAGUGCAGGAUUUUAGUAGUGAACAUUACUUUUUAAAAAAACAGAGAAGAGAAUUGACAUUUGUAGAUUCUAAGAUCAAUCACAUUGUAAGCACUGACCUCUUUUGAGGUGCAGUCAUGCUGUGGUGCUUUAUGUGUAAAACCAGUUAAGUAUUCCAUAUCAGUCGUGAAGUCCAGCCAGUGAGGUUUGUUUUGUAAUGUUAUUUGAUCAUUUAAUUUGAACAGUGAAUUUAAAUUCUUGACCAACUACAGGGCUAACCUGUGUAGCUCAAAACCAGUUCUUCUUGGGAUUUGUGAAUUCAGAAAGUAAAUAUCAAACAUUGGAUUUUAGACCACAUUGAGAUAAGUUAAUAUAGCAGGUUGGAAAUCCCCAAAGAUAAUCUUCCUUUUAGGCUGAUUGAAUAACUGAAUUCAUCGGUGGGCUGCCUCCCGUGAAAAAGAUCGGUUAAGACUAUUCUGAAAAACCGACUGAGUUGGUGAAUUGGAGUAACCCACAUAAGUGUCAUCACUAGCCAGUCAGGAGAAGUGCACAAGAUGGUUCUUAUCAUGCAUCAAGAGUUUUGGAGACUUAGGAUACUGUAGUCAA